AUGUACCUCUCUGCUUUCCAUUACGAAAUCUGUUUACAUCUAUCUAUCUAUCUAUCUAUCUAUCUAUCUAUCUAUCUAUCUAUCUAUCUAUCUGAGUCUGUUCAUAUCUAUCUAUCUAUCUAUCUAUCUAUCUAUCUAUCUAUCUAUCUGAGUCUGUUCAUAUCUAUCUAUCUUAGUCUGUUCAUAUCUAUCUAUCUAUCUAUUUGGCUGGGCCUACUCUGUUCAUAUCUAUCUAUCUAUCUAUCUAUUUAUCUAUCUAUCUAUCUAUCUAUCUAUCUAUCUAUCUAUCUAUCUAAUCCCUUUUCCGAAUCAACACUUGCACCUAUCUAUCUAUCUAUCUAUCUAUCUAUCUAUCUCAUUCUUCCAUUAUUCCCCCCCUCCUCUCCCGCUAGCCUCAUUCUCUUAAACCCCCUUCCCCUCCCCCACUCAACCACUAUGUCUUCCUCUAUACCACGCGCCCUUAUCUAUUUCGUUACCACCGCCAUUACUGACAUCAGUCUUAACAGCAAGAUGUCCACCCCUACCCCACCGAACUGGCCGCCUCUUCCCGCCCUUUUUUUUUUUUUGCUUUCGCUUUCUAUCUCUUCCUUUACCGACGUUCCCUCGACCGCCAAGCCUCUCCCAUCGCCAGUGUUCUCGCCGACCUGCCAAUACACUCUCAUAUUUCUUCUGUCCGUCUUGAUCACUCUGAAGUCGUUACCCUCGCCACUUUCAUCUCUUUCCGACAAACUUUUCCUCCCCCUUUUGCUACCACGCCAGCUUUCUUCUGCUUCGCGUCGUCACGGCCAUUCUUCGACUGCUUCUGUCUUUUACAGAUAUUACCUAAGCUUGGAUAAGUUCGGCACAAGGCCACACGUUUUGCGCACGACACGAAGAUCGAAUUCAUUUAAGUGGUAG